AUGAUCCGCUGCGUGUGCUCCCACCGCGCAGGACACCGCGAAUCACAGCCAUCCCUCCCCGCAGCCCCCCCGGUCCCCGCAGGCCCGGGAGCGGAGAACUCGCCGUGCCCCUUCCUCCCUUACCUGCGGGCCGAGCUGCGCCGAGCCCCGAACGGGCGCUUGCGGGAACAGCUGCCCCGACACUAUCGCAUCUUCCGCCCGGGCAACGGGGCGGGAGGAGGAGAGCCCCCGGUACAGCGAAGGGACGCUCCUCCGCUGCUGCCGGACCCCCGGGGGGCGGCGGGCAGCGGCUCCCCGGGGGGCGGCGGGCAGCGGCUCGGCCCCCGCCGCCACGUCUCAAACUUCGGGGAAACACGUUUCGAUCCCCCCUCCCGCCCCCUUUCUGCUGGGACCGGCUUUUUAUCCCGGCGAGAGAAAUCCAGACCUCUCAGGAACAACCAGAAGAGCGAAACAGACAAGAAACCGCAGAAGAAAGCAUUGGAAAGGCGGCCGGGAGAUAAUCCAGGAAUGCUUCAGAUAAGGAAGGGGGGAACGAUACGUGAGGAGAUACCCGAAAAGUCAGAGCCUGAUGGAACGGCUGAAAGAAGGACGGGGGAUGGGGGGGAUACCCGCACUUGUUUAGAGCCUGUUAAAGGUCAGAUCGGGGUGGGGGGUGGGGUGCGGAUGAUCAUAAAAGGAGUUUAAGAGCGAAGGGUUUAAGCGCGCAGAAGAAGCGCAGC